CCUCGCCCACCCUCGCCCUCCCCUCCCCUCUCUCUCCUCCCUCAAAACUCUCUCUCCCUCCCUGAAAAUUCUCCGCAUACUGGGUGCCCAAGUGGUGCCGGCAUCUCGCUGAGGCGCGAGAGAGAGAGACAGAGAGAUCCUCCCCUGUUCCCACUCCCCCGCCGCUCCCCCGACCCGCCCUCUCCAGCCCGCCGCCGAGCCGGGAGGAGGUGCUGCAGCUCAGCUCCGCCCCAGCUCAGUCGCCGAGCCCGAGCUGAUCGACCCGCCGGCGGCGAGAUUCGGCCAGGGCACGACGGAGAGAUGUACCGGGUGAAGAGCGAGAGCGACUGCGAGAUGAUGCAUCAGGAGGACCAGAUGGACUCGCCGGUGGGCGACGACGGCAGCAGCGGAGGGUCGCCUCACAGGGGCGGCGGGCCGCCUCUGAAGAAAGGGCCCUGGACGUCGGCGGAGGACGCCAUCCUGGUGGACUACGUGAAGAAGCACGGCGAGGGGAACUGGAACGCGGUGCAGAAGAACACCGGGCUGUUCCGCUGCGGCAAGAGCUGCCGCCUCCGGUGGGCGAACCACCUCAGGCCCAACCUCAAGAAGGGGGCCUUCACCCCCGAGGAGGAGAGGCUCAUCAUCCAGCUCCACUCCAAGAUGGGCAACAAGUGGGCUCGGAUGGCCGCUCAUUUGCCAGGGCGUACUGACAAUGAAAUAAAGAAUUACUGGAACACUCGAAUAAAGAGAUGUCAGCGAGCUGGCUUGCCAAUAUAUCCUGCUAGCGUAUGCAACCAAUCUUCAAAUGAAGAUCAGCAGGGCUCCAGCGAUUUCAACUGCGGCGAAAAUCUUUCCAGUGACCUUCUGAAUGGAAAUGGUCUUUAUCUGCCAGAUUUUACCUGUGACAAUUUCAUUGCUAAUUCAGAGGCUUUAUCUUAUGCACCACAGCUUUCAGCUGUUUCAAUAAGCAGUUUACUUGGCCAGAGUUUUGCAUCCAAAAACUGUGGCUUCAUGGGUCAAGUAAACCAAGCAGGGAUGCUAAAACAGCCUGACCCUUUACUCCCUGGAUUGAGCGACACCAUCAAUGGCGCUCUCUCCUCGGUCGAUCAGUUCUCAAAUGACUCUGAGAAUCUCAAGAAGGCUCUGGGUUUUGACUAUCUCCACGAAGCCAACUCUAGCAGCAAGAUUAUUGCACCAUUUGGGGGUGCACUUACUGGCAGCCAUGCCUUUUUAAAUGGCACCUUCUCUACUUCUAGGACCAUCAAUGGUCCUUUGAAGAUGGAGCUCCCUUCACUCCAAGAUACCGAAUCUGAUCCGAAUAGCUGGCUCAAGUAUACCGUGGCUCCUGCGAUGCAGCCUACGGAGUUGGUUGAUCCCUACCUGCAGUCUCCGACAGCAACUCCGUCAGUGAAAUCGGAGUGUGUGUCGCCAAGGAACAGCGGUCUCUUGGAAGAGCUGCUUCAUGAAGCUCAGGGACUAAGAUCUGGGAAGAAUCAGCAGCUUUCCGUGAGGAGUUCAAGUUCCUCUGUCAGUACGCCGUGUGAUACUACGGUGGUUAGCCCAGAGUUUGAUCUCUGUCAGGACUAUUGGGAUGAACCUCUGAAUGAAUAUGCUCCUUUCAGUGGCAAUUCACUCACUGGAUCCACGGCUCCUGUUAGCGCUGCGUCGCCUGAUGGUUUUCAGCUCUCCAAAAUUUCUCCUGCACAAAGCCCUUCGCUGGGAUCUGGAGAGCAGGCAAUGGAGCCUGCAUACGAGCCUGGGGCUGGGGACACUUCGUCUCAUCCUGAAAACUUCAGGCCAGACGCACUCUUCUCCGGGAACACAACUGACUCUUCCGUCUUCAACAACGCCAUAGCCAUGCUCCUGAGCAACGACAUGAACACGGACUGCAAGCCUGUUUUCGGCGACGGUAUCGUGUUUGAUACUUCCUCGUGGAGCAACAUGCCACAUGCUUGCCAAAUGUCGGAGGAAUUCAAAUGAAUUCCUUGCCGAACCUUGAGCGGUAUCGAUGGAGAUUCUUGGUAUCCCUCACCCUGAUUGUUUUGAGGAAAAAUUCAGAGAAAGCCUCAUCGAUUGUAUACGCUGCGUGCUCGCCGUCGGACAGGUCCUUGACGGCGUAUGCAGCUGCUACCAGAAGUGCUCUCCAUGCAACUAAGCCCCCUUUUCCCCAAUAAAGUUCGUGGAGAUAAGCCGGUUAUCUACUUUUUGUUUGUUUUGUUUCGAACUAGAGAACCUUUUUUUGUCAUCUCCGUGGCAUUUAUUUGAACAAUGUAAAAUCCGUUACUGCUUUUCUGGCGUACUCUCUCUUGCUGAACAUUUCCCCCCAAUUUGUCAAUCAAUAGUAGCAUUUUUUUUUCUCGCA